AGCUCGUUUGACUUGGUGACAUGCCUGAUAUUGUUCGAGAUUGGCAGCAACCUCGACCAUAUUACACACACUUGAGCUUGAUGGAGCAAUCCUGAACUACUUCACCCUUUUCAGAAUGUACCUUCAAUGACACGCAUCUUCAGUGGUGUGCUUGAACAAACUUGAAAUUCCGAACCCAUAUGCCUUCAUUCUCAUUCUAAAAUUGAGAUCUAAACCUUGUAAAUCUAGUGCGUAUACUUCUUACCAUUCUCCGGUACAUCAACACAGAGUGCUACACUGUGCUAUACUGAGAACCGCUCGUCACCAGAUCUAACUCCGCGAGAACAUCAGAAACUGUUUGUCCACCUCGCAUGAUCGAUUGUGCAUAUGAAUGAAAAAUGGAUGGGGUCUCCUGAUAAUGUUUCCCUGUCCUAUAAAGGUUGCCCAUUUUGUUAUGCCAGUCGUACAAACCAACGCCAUGCUGAGUCCCAUCAUCCUUUCUUACAUUGUUUCUGUUGCCUUUCAGGCAUGCGCAAUUAACGUGUUCAUACCAUUAACAGCCCCGACCAAUUCCUCUUCUAUAUCUCCUUCGCACAUCUCUUUUUCGAUUGAACAAGACCGUUGGACUGAUUGGCCCGGAGGCACUACCAAAAACGAGUUCGUUUCCAAUGCCCUUAACAACCUAGCAAGUCUUUCUGGAGAACCUCCAAGAUUAAGGAUCGGUGCAGAUUCGGAGGACCGUACUAAUUUUCAGCCUGGUCUCAAGUUGACUGAAACCGUCUUUGCACCUCCCAGUGCCGCUACCCCUUACCCCGAAGCCGAAUCAGUUGUGGUAGGGGAAGCUUUCUAUAAAGCAGCACAAAACCUUCUGCCUGGUACACAUAUCACAUGGGGUGUCAACUUCAAGGCGUUAAAUCUCACAGCUGCGUUUUUGGAAGCCGGAGCAAUAGCGGACGCUUUCAAUUCUUUUCCUGCUUCGAGCGGCCUCAGUUUGGAUGCUAUUGAAAUAGGCAACGAAGCCGACCUUUACACGAAUAACGGGGGGAGACCUGCAAACUUUACCAUUGCCCAAUAUGUCACACAAUGGACCUCUUUUGCAUCUAAUGUUUCGUUGACUGUUCCUAUCGGUCCGAAUACCACUACGAAGUUCUGGGGAGGUGCUUUUGCUGGCUCCGAUCAUUCAUCGACUGGAUUCUCGCCACAAGGGCUUUUCGCAAAUGGAAUACUGUCGUCAACCCCAGGAAAUCUGAUUAAUACAAUCUCCCAACAUGUAUACAGCGGCAGUGGUUUGGGCUGUGGCAGUAUAAGUACAUGCAUUCAAGAUCUUAUGUCAAAGGCAUUUGUCCGCGGAAACCUUUCUCAAUUCAUCCCCGAUGUUGCUGCCACCCAGGCUCAAGGCUUGACCUAUAUCUUAGGGGAAACAAAUAGUUAUUUCGACCAUGGGUCUGCUAAUGUUUCAAAUGCUGCCGGAGCCGCGCUAUGGGCUUUAGAUUAUGCCUUGUUUGCUUCUUCAUUGGGUAUUGAAAGGCUUUACUUCCACGAAGGAGUAGGAUACAAGUACAAUUUCAUUCAACCCGUAACGCUGAAUCUCUCCAUAGUGGAUGGGGCUCCUCUUGCUGAACCGCUCCUGCCUCAUAUCCAGCCAGCCUACUAUGGUGCCAUUGUUACUGCAGAAGCUAUCGGAAAAACUGGACGUAUCUCGGAGCUUUCUAUAAACAGUGACGUUGUAUCUGGGUAUGCUUUCUACACCAACGAAGGACGGCUUUCCAAAGCGGUGUUCGUUAACUCGGAAGGCUUCUUCUCCAACUCGGGUGCCAAUCGAACGAGUGUUCACCUCGAUAUCAACUUCGCCAGUACGGGGCAGUCUCCGUCACAUAUGUCAGUGAAGCGUUUAGAGAUUGGACAUGCUGACGAUACCGAUGGACUAACCUGGGGUGGGCAAACAUACGAAACGCCCAAUGCCCAAGUGAGCGGAACACUUUCGGUGACAACUAGUGACGUUGGGGAGGGGCUCGAUAUACCUGCCACACAGGCAGUAUUGCUAACGUUCAGUACUUAGUAUACAUACGUAUCUCAGAGUGUAUGGUCUACUUAUAACUUUUUUUUUUGGAGUGUUGGUACCUUCGGGCAGACGUACAUCAUCGCCUCUCUCCGGCCGCUGGUUGCGCAAGGUAUAGCCAAGCUUCUAUUAGAAUGCAUGACGCACUUGUGCCGUCCAGACGCAUUUGUGUGAAACUCCGUAUCGUGAAGGCUUUUCCCUGUAGUUAUAGCAUCUUUGCAUAGAGAGAAUUAGACCGGAAACCGUCCCUUUAUGAGGGCGAACAUCAAUAGGUUUCAUCUCCUAGUGGGCUUGGUUUCCAAGCUAAGAAAG